ACCCCCCUAUACACACUCAAACUGUCAGGCGAAGCUCAGCCCAGCUUGAGUUGUGUGUAACUUUUAAAACUAGCAGAAGAACCUCAGUCUCGAGUUUUCUCCGGUCACUCUGAGGAACAGAAGCAGCUCUGUGAGAACAUGAGCAGCGGCGGAGCUUCUUCAGCCCGCGGAGGAUCUUCUUCUUCAGGAUGAGUCCCGCAGCCCGCUUCUCUGUCUGUGGACUGUCUCAGACCAGCUCUCUGUCUCUGUUCUGCAGGAUGCUGGACUGUACAGGACUCUGCUCAGUCUGAUAGAGCUGCUGGUAGAGUCUGACUGGCAGUUCAUGGUAUUUAGUGAAGUUAUGAUCUCAGCUGAGGGGGUAUUAAUGCCGUCCAGGACUCACCCCCCAUCAUCACCCUCCUCAGCCUCCUCUCUGCCACCCGCAGCCCGCAGCUCCUUCUCCAGAGCCCGCAGGAAGCAGAGCAAUGGAUCCCUGCAGUCCAGCUCAUCCAGUGGCACGGCCAGGUCGACUGAGAGCGUGGGAUUCAGACAGCCGGCCAAGAGCAAGAUCCGCCGCCAUCAGCACCGCCUGUCCUCUGUGUUCAGCCGCAGCGUGCUCAGGACCCGUGGAGAGAUGGCCUUAGCAGGAGAUGAGCUGGAGGUGACUGAAGACCCUUCUGAACUGUCCAACCACAUCACUGCCCCCGGCAUCCUAAAGAUUUUUGGCACAGAGAUCUGCGAAGGUGCAAACUAUAAGAGUGUCCUGGCCACGACCAAUUCCAGUGCCAAAGAGCUGGUGAAAGAGGCUCUAGAAAGAUACUCUCUCAGCAAGUCUGAAGCCGAUGCCUACGUGUUGUGCGACGUCAUCGGCUGCAUCAGCGAGCAGGAGUGGAGGACGGAGUGUGUGCGGGUCGUGGGGGACAACGAGCGGCCACUUCUCCUACAGUCACUGUGGAAGCCCAGAGAAGGCUACGCCCGGCGCUUUGAGAUCCAGCGCAGGGCCAUCGUGGAAGAGAAGUGCUCCAGAGACAAAGACACAGUGACAGCAGGGAUCAAUGCUCAGGCGCGUAAGCUGCAGAAGACACGCUCGCGGGGGAAGUCCAUGGCGCUGAUCGGAGGCGUGGUGGAAAGUGGUCUGUGGAGGAGCCGAAGUGAAGCGGACCUAAGAUCUGACUGCCAAAGCCAGCAGGGGUCCUCCCCCGAGCCCCAGAAUGGCCUUAAGAACCAAUCACAGGGGGAGAAAUCAGGCACCCACAAAGCGCCGGACUGUCCAGCCAGAGAAAAAGAGGAGACAGAGAGCAGCGAUGACAACUCCACACAGUAUUCCAUUCACCCACCCCUGCACUUCCCCUACUUCCUGCUACUGCAGGGCUUCAGUUACACACAGGAUUUCAUCAUCUACACAUUAACUGGGAGCAACACUAUUUUUGGCCGUGGCCUUGAGCAGCCUGACCAGGAGAAAGUAUGGCCAGAUGUAGGCGUGAAGCUCUGGGCUCCUGACAUUAAUUACCAGCACUGCUGUGUGCGGCUCCUCGAGUCUGGUCCUGCCUCCGAUCCUGACCAGGAGCUCAGAAGGGGAGUAUGGGUUACCCCACUUCAUGGGUCUGCAGUCAAGAGGAAUGGAGCCAUCGUCAGUGAAGAGACUGAGCUACGGUCAGGAGAUAUUAUAAGCCUGGGUGACCAUUACAUCUUCAUGUACAAAGAUCCCGGUACUGAACGUCAGAAAAGUGACCCUCCCGCUGCGGCCUUGCCUUGGCUGGCUCUGGCAACCCAGUCGCCACCUCCAUUGUGUAAAUCGUGUGUGUUAUCUGUGUCAGAGGGGCCGCUGAACACCCUGCCGUGCUUGAAGGAUUCAAGCGGGAGAGGGCUCAUCCUUUCCUAUGAGGUGGAACAUGAAGAACAUAUCCUGAAGGAGAUUUUCACAAGGGUGGACAGCCAUGACGGAGCACACAAACUAACCCCGUCGUUCCUGCUGUGCUUAUGCCUGCAGCAGUCAACCACACAUUUUCCCCUGGCUGACCUGAGACGACUCAUGCUGCACAUAGCCAACGAGGUUCAGGUGGCAGUGUGGGAAAAGGCUAAGGAGCUGGCAGCAGUCCAACCUGAAGUUGGAGGUGAUACAGACCUUGGGGAGCUUAUCAGUGCUGAGAAGCUUCUUGGUGGUCUACAGCCACUUGUUCUAUGGAUGGCAAACUCCAUCGAGCUCCUUCAUUUUAUCAAUCAGGAAGUGCCUUGCAUACUGCAUGGGAUCUCACUGGAGGAGGAGGAAGAGGAAGAAGACUGUAUGGCUGUGCUGGAGUUGCGAUUGUCCACAGUGCGUCCAGCCAGCGAGGAGGCGAUGACCGUCCUGGAGGAGGUCAUUAUGUUCACUUUCCAGCAGUGUGUCUAUUACCUUACCAAGCUCCUGUACCCAGUCCUCCCAGGCCUGUUGGACAGUAACCCGUUCUCAGAGAACGGACAGGUGCGAGUGCCGGAGGUCGUUGGCAGCAUGUUGACUAUAUUAACGAAGACGCUGAAUCUUGUUAAAGACUUCCAUGUGCACCCAGAAAUCUCCUUACAACUGUUCACCUACCUCUUCUUCUUCAUCAACGCCUUCCUCUUCAACCUGCUCAUGGAGAGAGGAUCAGGAGGGAGCUUUUACCACUGGUCGUGUGGGGUUCAGAUCCGGGCUAAUUUGGACCUGCUGAUGGACUGGGCUUUUGCAGCCGGGCUGGGGGAGCUGGCGCAGAACUACCUGAUCAAACUCUCCUCGGCCGUCAAUCUGCUAGCCACACCCAGAGAAACCCUGCUACAGGCAUCUUGGGGUUCUUUGAGGGUGGAGUUUCCUUCAAUAAGCCCCGCCCAGCUGCACCACAUGCUAAGAGAGUACAGCCCACGUCAGCCCUGCCCAUCCACCUGGACACCAUCCAGUGACGAAGCCAAAGCUGCCGUCCAUACUGCUGAUAUUCUGGAGAGUUUUGAUGACCAUCCUCCUCUCGUUCUGCCCAUCGAUGGCUUUGUGUUGGAUUUAAAGAGGCCUGUUAGAGACACAACUCUUACAAAACAGCUUACACAACUUCACACCUUUAUUAAGAAGCUUCAGGAUCCUGAGCCAAGCAAGACAAUGUCUCAGCGCCAGUCUGCUGUCCCUCUGGAGGCCAAACGCACUAAAAUGGAGGUCCUCCCAAAAGCUCUUCUAGAGUCAGGAAACACAGAGGUAGUGCUGCCUAAGAAAAGUGUUGUGGCAUGCUCUUCAGGACCAGGUCAACUCGGCACUACUGAAGCCCUUCUCACCCAAAAGCUAAAGGCGCUAGAAAUACAGUCCAAGCAGAGAAAUUACAGCGGCAGCAACAGACGUCUAGCACUGGACCCCUCAUGCUUGCUGACCCCUCCCAACACACCACAGAGUGCAGAUCUGGUAGAUUCAGAAGCUGAAUGCCAGUAUCAGGAUACAAACCACCAGACUGCUCAGUGCGGCGAUACACUGAAAGAAGAAGAGGAAGGUGAAUGUGAGAAACAUGAAGUAAAUGAUGAGGUGUUUGUGCUGGAGCUGAAACGAGGUCAUGGUGGACUGGGGCUGGCGCUGGUCGAUGGGAUGGAAACUCCAUUACAAAUGAGUGGAAUUUACAUUAGGUCUAUCAUACCUGGGUCUCCAGCAGCUCUGAGCCAGAAACUGCGGCCAGGGGAUCGAAUUCUAGCAGUGAAUGGCCACAGACUGAUAGGACUGGACUACCACAUCGGCAGGGAGCUCAUCCAGAAGUCUGGGGAGAGGCCUCAGUUACUGUUGUCCCGAGCUGAACCGGUUCACACAGAUAAGACGCCAAAACACUGAGCGUCUCUGAACAUCUCCUCUGCCUUCACUACAAGUGCACUUUCAAACUGAAGUGGGAUAAUGCAAAGCACUCGUCCUGAUUUAAUAAACAAGAUGAUUCAUUUUUUUAAUGUAUUUUGAUUUUCUAAUGCUAUUUGUGUUGUUUUAUUUUAUUCUUUUGACUCUUUUGACUUUAUUCUGCUUUUAUGUCAGAUGUGGAAUCUAUUUAAUGAAUAACAUGACUUUUUAUUGAUUAUUAAUCAUCAGUAUCAACACAUUAUGUUUGUCAUAAAUGGAAUACUGAUUAAAUUCACCUAGAAAUGUUCCUCAUCUGAACCGUCAGAGCAAUAAACGAGUCAGCAACUCUUAAGUCUUUAA